AUGAUUUAUCAUGAUCUCUCUCAAUCUCUUUCUGUCACUCCUCACAUCUAUCUAUCUAUCUAUCUAUCUAUCUAUCUAUCUAUCUAUCUAUCUAUCUAUCUCAGUCUGUUCAUAUAUAUCAAUCUCAGUCUGUUCAUAUCUAUCUAUCUAUCUAUCUAUCUAUCUAUCUAUCUAUCUAUCUAUCUAUCUAUCUCAGUCUGUUCAUAUCUAUCAACCCUCAGUCUGUUCAUAUUCAUCAAUCUCAUCUAUCAUAUCUAUCUAUCUAUCUAUCUAUCUAUCUAUCUAUCUAUCUCAUCUGUUCAUAUCUAUCUAUCUCAGACUGUUCAUAUCUCCAUCUAUCUAUAUUCAUCAGACUAUUCAUUAUCUAUCUAUCUCAGUCUGUAUCUAUCUAUCUCAGACUGUUCUAUUCAUCUAUCUAUCUAUCUAUCUAUCUAUCUAUCAUUAUCUAUCUAUUUAUCUAUCUCAGUCUGUUCAUAUCUGUCUAUUUAUCUAUCUAUCUGUUUACAUCUAUCUAUCUAUCUAUCAUUCAUAUCUAUUCAUAUCAAUCUAUCUAUCUAUCUAUCUAUCUAUCUAUCUAUCUAUCUAUCACACAUCCACACACAUACAUACAUAUAUAUAUAUAUAUAUAUAUAUAUAUAUAUAUAUAUAUAUAUAUAUAUAUGA